AUGUCAACGAAAGAAGCACAAGAACAACUAAAACGUGAAGGCGAAGGCGCCCUUUCCACGUCCGAAUACUGGGAUAAACGCUACGCACAAGCCGAUGGCGAAAAUGCAACACACGAAUGGUUUCGUUCNUUUUCGGCUUUGCUGCCGUUNUUGCAAACAAAUCUUUUCGAUGCUCGACCUGUAGAUCAGAAGCCCAAGAUCUUGCACUUGGGUAGUGGUGAUAGCGUGAGUGGAUCACGAGGAUAUAAAGAUCAGCUCUGUGUGGACUUUUCGCAUAGAGUUGUCGAAGUCAUGUCAGCAAAGGAAGACGAUGGUGUAAGUUGGGCCUGGGCCGAUAUUCGUGAUAUGCCUCAGCAUGGCAGCAACAGUAUUGAUGUUGCGUUUGACAAGGGCACGAUGGAUGCUAUGAUCCACGGCAGUCCUUGGUCUCCUCCCGACGAUGUGAAAGACAAUACUUCACGCUAUCUGACAGAAGUGCAUCGCAUUCUGAANGAUGAUGGAGUGUUUCUCUACAUCACAUUCCGACAACCACAUUUUAUUCGUCCGCUACUGAGCGUCAACGACUUAUGGAGUCUCAAGAUGGAGACUUUGUCAGCUGGCGAAAGCUCAUUUGACUACUAUGGCUGGAUACUCACCAAGAACACCGCUGCAUCUACUUGA